UUAUCAUUUAACCUAAUUGGAUUUUCUCCCCUUUGCCAUUUUUGCUCGGGCACCCAAAGAUCCGAUCGCCGUUCGCCGUUCUCCUCCUCACGAAGCAGAGGACUUCCGUGCUCUCCUCCUCACGAUGCAGAGGACUUCUGUGCUCAACACGGAGGCGGCAUCGACGUCGAAUACGAUGCUUCAGGCCCCGGAUGCCGGUGGGACCUCCCCCUGCGAGGAGGAUGCCGCACUCUCGAAGCGCGUCGCUGACCGCUACCUCAAGCGCGAGGUGCUCGGGGAAGGCACAUACGGGGUGGUCUUCAAGGCCAUCGAUACCAAGACUGGUCAAACAGUUGCAAUUAAGAAGAUUCGUCUAGGAAAGUAUAAGGAAGGUGUAAACUUCACUGCACUCAGGGAGAUUAAAUUGCUUAAAGAGAUUAAAGAUCCUAAUAUCAUUGAGUUAAUUGAUGCUUUCCCUCACAAGGGUAACUUGCACCUUGUAUUUGAGUUCAUGGAGAGCGACUUGGAAGCUGUUAUUCGUGAUAGAAACAUUGUCCUGUCUCCAGCUGACAUAAAAUCAUAUCUUCAGAUGAUACUAAAAGGACUUGCCUGCUGCCAUAGAAAAUGGGUCGUGCACAGGGAUAUGAAACCCAACAACCUACUUAUUGCUUCUGAUGGACAGCUUAAACUUGCAGACUUUGGCCUAGCACGCACUUUUGGAAGUCCAGACCGCAGGCUCACUCACCAGGUUUUUGCUCGUUGGUAUAGAGCACCUGAGCUGUUGUAUGGGGCCAAACAAUAUGGAUCAGGGGUAGAUGUGUGGGCUGCAGGUUGUAUAUUUGCUGAACUGCUCCUUAGGCGACCUUUCAUGCAGGGAACAAGUGAUAUUGAUCAGCUUGGAAAGAUAUUUGCAGCUUUUGGAACUCCAAAGCCAUCUCAAUGGGCAGAUAUGGUUUAUCUUCCAGAUUAUGUCGAAUACCAGUACGUCCCUGCACCGCCAUUGAGGACACUUUUUCCCAUGGCUAGUGAUGAUGCCUUGGAUUUGUUGGCAAAGAUGUUCACUUAUGAUCCAAAGGCAAGAAUAACAGCACAACAGGCGUUGGAGCACAGGUACUUUGCAUCAGUACCUGCUCCCACAAGGCCAUCUUUGCUUCCAAGGCCUCCCCCAAAGGGAGAUUCACAAACUCACAAGACUUCAGAGUUCAAUUCGCAGGAUGGUCCCAUUGUCUUAUCUCCCCAACGGAAGAUGAGGAGGAUCACUGUCAAUCACGAUGGAUUGGAGGGGACUGUAUACCAGCUAGAUAAGGCUAGCGAACAUGCUAAGGAAGCUAGACAUAUGGACGGAAUCAGUGGUCAGAGUGAAAGUAUGCCCAUGUCGAUAGAUGCAGGAGUUCUUUUUGGUUCUCGCCAACCUCCCAGGCCCACUUUGAACAGUGCUGAUAGGACACAUUUAAAGAGAAAACUAGAUCUGGAACCUGAAUUCAAUUACAAUGAGCGGGAGUAGAAGAUAGAUUGGUCUUUUCACUCAA